UUGUGAGUUAAGAAUAAUGUCUUAGUCAGCCAUGUUUGGCUAUAGACAUUUCUAGUGGCACAUGUUUUAUGGUUUAUAUAUGACUAUGUUAGGAGAACCUUGACCGCCGACCUACCCGCUCAGGAACCUAGUUUACACUACCGUUGAUCUUCAUCACAAUGGCACCUAUGAUCUAUCCCGUUUCUCAACCCAAGCAAGGAUUUCUAUCACUGCCCGGCGAACUUCGUAAUACAAUCUAUGACAUGGUCGCAGAAGACCCAUGUGGUCUAGUAGUCGAGACACCAAAAUGGUUGAUCAGAAACAGACGUUUCUAUGCGAGCCGGAUGUUUUGUCAGCCGUUCACUUACGACCCAGAACAGUCAUUUGAUCGUGAGGAGGGGCAGUUCUCGAUGGUCUUUCCUUAUCUGCUCAAAGCCUCCGGGCUCGCAUUCACCAACCGCCAGAUCUCGAGUGAAGUCCGAACCAGGUUCCGAGUUCUACACAACAGAUGGAUAAUUCUCGAAACCAACAGAGGAGAUUAUGCUCAACAGUUUUUGACUGCUGGCUUGGACGUUUGGUAUUUAGGCAACACUGACAGCGUUAAAAAUCCUUUUGCAACAUUCCGUGUCAUCUUCAACGGAAUCCCUGAUCGAUCCAUAUGCAGAUUCGCCAUACACCGGAAAUCGUUUGGACCAGCAACAGUCUUCGUAUCCGUGAGCCACGGAUUCAAUGAGGCAAAUGUCCGUAUAGUUGUGCUAUCCUCUCCCAUGUCAUAUGACAGAUGCCCAUGGUUCUUCAUGCCACUGCGCAACCUCUGCCCGAACUCUGGCUUCGAACUCGCUACAUCCCAUGUAGGUGACGUUAUCUCCGCCAUGACUUCCGCCAAAGAUAGUCUUGUCCGCCUCAUAAAAUUUGAUUUAUCUCCAUCCUGGGACCGCAUCUACCUAGAAGGCAUAUGGGGAGUUAUGCAACGCACCUCCUCGCGACCCCUGCAAACCAACGAUCCCACUGACUUCCUUACACACAGAGCAUGCACGCUCCUCCUCUUCUCGCUCAACGUCAUGUACCGUAAAAACCCAAAAGCCGUCUGGCGCACCGGCGACGCCGGCGACGGCCACGACCGCUUCAACGCUAUUCUCACCCUGGUCGCCCGCCUCGCCCGUAUCGAGCGCACCUUGGGGGAAACCCGCAUCGCAUCCCAAUGGCGCAACUACGCUCUUGCCUUCGUACUCCCUGAUUCGGAGUGCUUCAAUUGGGACGUGCAGUCCGUAGCCGAUCGCGACUGCUGGACGCAUCGUUACCUCGCGUGGGUCUACGCCGAGUUCGCCGAGUAUGAGCCCGCGGCGCAUCAUAUGCUGCGUUUCCUCGAGCUUGCGGCGCCCGGCUUUGAAAAUGAGGAAUGGAGAGUUUUUCUCGAGAAUAAGGUGGGCAGCGGGAUUCGCGAGAUGUAUGGGGAAGGUUUGGAGGGGCUUCAGAAGGCGAGGCUCGAGUAUUUCAGCGACAAGAAUAGGCUAGACCUAGGGGUUUGAGGAUUCAGGAAAGUAAGAGGAUGCGCAGGUUGCGGGUGAGAACAAUAGAGGGAGUGAACGGAUGACGUUUGAGCUUGAUGUAUGGUCAGAUAACCCAACACCGUGCUUUCUAUGACCGCAACGAAGAGUAGUGUGAGCCCAAACCUAAAUCAGACAAAAGACAAGGAGAUACAUGGCACAUCAUUCGCUUCAGCACGCAAUCAUCCCGCAUUUCCGUGUAUAUGUAGAGAGGAUUAUAUAACAGUCCUCAUGCGCUACCAGAAUCUAAAAAAGAGUUUCCUGAGGUAGAGAAGGCACACAUA